UUUUUCUCCUCUGGAUUCGCCAUUUUCUUUCUUGUCGUGCUUACUUUAAUCGAUAUCCAACGAGAUAAGUUUUCAAAGCAAACUGUAAAAUCGUGGAUGCAAAACCACAUACUUUCGGCGCUUGGAAACAACCUACACGCGGUGAUAAACAAGAAUACGAUGUCUACCAUAACCAACUCACAGCUCACGCAACCGGGAGGGACAAAGACCCUUUUACUCAUCUAUACCUUAUUUUUCGGGACGACGAAGUGGAUAAGAGAUCGUGAUGAUAACUGUGGAUUUGAAAACAAGUUUUUAUUUGCCGCAAAUAAAUGUCUCUCAGGUGAUUUCGAAUUGACCUACGACAAACGGCGGUUUGAGGAAAGCGACUUAGUCGUGUUUCACGCUAGAGACAUGCCAAGUGUAGAUCAUCUAAGAACGCUGCUGAAAAACAGGUCCACUUCACAGCGCUGGGUAUACGCUUUGUGGGAAAGUCCAAAUGCAACACCAAAUCCUGCUCCAUUAAACGGGCUUUUUAACUCAACGUGGACUUUCAGAAGCGAUUCAGAUUUCUGGUCGCCAUAUGGAAGUUACGAGGAAUUGAGUGAAGAAGAAAAAAUGAAUGAAAUGAAAAACAUACCGGACUAUUCCCAAGGAAAAACUGAACUUGUGGCUUGGAUGGUUGGUAAUUGUGGCGCUCAACCUCGAAUGGCAUUUGUCCAAAACCUGAAAAAAUACAUCAAGGUUGAUGUAUUUGGAGGGUGUUCAGGAAAAUUUGGGCAACAGAGAGGUUGUGGAAAUCUAACUGCUUGCCUUAAAACGUUUAAGUUUUAUCUGGCAUUCGAGAACGCUUUAUGUGAGGAUUACAUCACUGAAAAAUAUUGGGGAAGGCUUGGUAAGACCCUCAAGUUUCUUCUUGCAUACACAAAGAGUGCAUUUCAUUGGCUGAUUCAUACGUAAGCAACGGCGACGGCGACGGCAACGAGAAUUGCAACGCGGAAGAAAAACAACUUUGCACAUCACGCUUUUUGUAUACAGUCGAAGCUUUCGUAAGCGACCACCUCGGGAAUUCGAAAGCUUAAAAACAAAGGAAAAGUUCAGUUAGGUAAUCCCAAAAAUUAUCGCGGUCACUUAUGGGAACGGUCGCUUACCAGAGCUUUUCAUUACAAAGUUUAAGGCCCGGUCAGACGCCGAACUUUUCACGAGCCGAACCUAAUACAUUGAAUUAAGUACAUGAAAAGUUCGGCGUCUGAAUCAAUUACGAACACCUGUUUCAAUUUGGAACGGCUAGGCCGUUGUUUUUGCCCAGCUCGGCCGGAAAUUUUGCUUUAGAGCGACUUAGGAACGGCUUUGAUUCAGACGCCGAACUUUUCAUGUGCCGAACUUAAUGCAUAAAUUAUUAUAACGUAUUUUGUAAGCAGUUUGACCGAAAUGAGCACUUUUCGCCUUUUGAACUUAGUUCGGCUGCAAUUAAGAUCGGCGUCAGAAUCAAUUCAGCCGGUCUUAAUAAUAUGGGUCGGCCUUAAUUCGAAUUAGGUUCGGCUCAUGAAAAGUUCGACGUCUGAACCGGGCCUAAGUCACAGUUCAAACUGGGUGUCACAAAGGUGGUCGCAAACAGAGCCUGCCGCUCACGAUAGUGGUCGCAAGGAGAGUUUCGACUGUAUUUCUCUUUUCUAGUUCUGUGCUUUGAUAUACAGAAUUUAACUCCAGAAAAAUUCGCAGCCAACAUUUGAAGAUUGAACGAGAUCGAGUAAGAGCGAUGAGGUUUCAAACAGCAAGAUUUCCCUUAGUUUUUAAGUAAAAAUGUCGACAUCGUUGCCGUCGUAGUUGCUAAAACUCGCUAUAUUUUUUUUUUAGUAGGAAACAAUGGUGAAUUUUAACGAUUUGAAGGGUUUGGCGUUAUAUAUUUUGAAACCUACCUGAGCGUAUCUGCGCAAUUAAAAAUUAGCCAUUUUCAGCUACAAGAAUGAGACCUUUUGAGUUUUCAGGCAAAAAAGCCUUUAUUUUUCUCUACCCAGUUUAAACAUAUGAAGGGUCACUCAGUUUGUAUGGGCUCGCUCUUGUUAAAAACUUGUUAGCUUAACAGCAUUUCAAAUUUCCUUUUUUUCUCCUUUUUUGACUUUUUUGAUUUUGCAAGUACCGGUAUUUACCUUCGCUUUGACUAGACUACGAACCAUGAUACAGGCGCUUUAAUAUAGUAAAUAGUAUUUCAGCCAUAGGCAUCUGCCAUUUAAAUAUUGCUCAGCUUGGUAGUUUUUAGAUCAUGAUUAGUUUUAUUUUUUUAUUCCAGGUGAUAUGAAUGUCAUCCCAGUUGUGAUGGGAGGUGCUAAUUACUCCAAGCUGGCUAUUCCGGGGUCUUAUAUCAAUGUUAUGGACUUCAAAACUGUUAAACAACUGGCAGCGUACCUUCAGAAUCUGGACAACAAUAACACUGCUUAUAAUGAAUACUUCAAAUGGAGACUAAAAUACAAGGUGCUUCACGAACGCCCUGAUUAUUCAGUGUGUCAAAUAUGUAAAUGGUAUGUUGCAAAA